AUGGGCAUUCAUGAACAUGUGUCACCGAGGAGAGAAGGGUCAGCCGCCUUGCAUCAUUCAUUAACUGUUCAAGGAUCUCAUAUACCUGCUGCAUCAUCUGGGGAUAACCAGCAAAUACCUAGAGUGGUUGAACAAGAAGUACAAGGGCCAAUGAUGAGGCAAAGAGGUAGAAACUUUAAAGAGCUCCGAAAAAUGGGUGCGGUUGACUUUUAUGGGACUACUGAUCCAGCUGAGGCUGAGAUAUGGCUGAAGAGGGUAGAACGUGUGUUCAAUCAGAUGGAUUGUAUUCUAGAAGAACGUUUUGAUUAUGCAGUGUCUCUUCUUCAAUGCGAUGCUUACUAUUGGUGGGAGACAGUCCCACAAGCCAUGAUACAACCUCCCGUACUUAGUUGGGAUGACUUUCUUAGAGAAUUCAGUAAUAAAUAUAUGCCGGCGGUGUAUUGUGAUGAGAAGCAGAAAGAGUUUUUGUCCCUUAAGCAAGGAGCUAUGUCUGUUGCUGACUAUGAAGUGAAGUUUACUCAGCUUUCUCGAUAUGCAUCUGCAUUGUUGCCUACAGAACAAGAUAAGUGCAGACGUUUUGAAGAUGGACUGAUAUACGAGAUAAGAAGUAAGAUUACACCUUCAGAUCUUCACACUUAUAAUGAUUUACGGGCAGCAGCUAUUCGAGCUGAGAGACUGGUGAAAAAAAGACAAGUUUAUCUUCAGAGACAGAAGAGAGGACCACCACCGUAUGUUGGCGAGUCAUAUUCUAGAAUUCCAAGGCGACAAGGUUCCUUUUCAUCAAUGUCGAAUUUUAGUAGAGUAAGUCCAUCUGCUAAGAGAGGUGGACGUGUACCAUCUUUUAAUCCCGAGUGGGGAUAG